AGUCUGAGAGUUCCUGGAUUUGGAGGAUUUUGCAAGGGAUUUGAGGACAGUCAGAGGUUCCUAGAAUGGAUUUUAUGGCCAUUAAGGAGGAAUUGACGUCCUCCAGUGUAGUUUGUCGUCUGUGUCUCGUCCAGAACUCCACUUAUAAUGAGAUUUUCAGAGAUAAUCCCGAUUAUCCGGAGAUUGUGGAUGUUUUGAAGAGUCUUAUUGGGAUUUCCAUCUCUCCGCUGGAUAAUUGGCCCAAGAUCAUCUGCACGGAUUGUGUGGAGAAAACUUAUGAUUUCCGGACAUUUCUGACCAGAGCGAAGACAAAUGAGACUCGCUUGGAGGAGAUUUUUGGGGAGUAUCAGGAGAAAACAGUUCCUGAAUGCCUCCCUGACAACGUGGAAGAUUCGGUGAAGGUGGAAACUGAAGAGGAUUCCAUAAAGGAAGAGGAGAGCGACGGAGUCAGUGAUGACUGUGCUUCUCUUGUGAACAUCCUGAUAAAAGAGGAGGAAUCACGCUCAGAAGUGCCCAAGAAGCGAGGUCGCCCGAAGAAGAUGCCCAAAAAGCGCGGUAGACGACGGAAGGUUGAAGUGUCCGAUUCGGAGGAGGACGAACAGGAGAGUUCUGGACAGACUUCAAGGGUUGAAGAGGCUGAUGAUGAAGCCACGAGGCAGAAGAAGGAGGAGAGACGCCUGAGGGAUGAGAAAGUCGACGCGGAGAUUCACACUUUCUUCAAGAUGGAGUGUGUCCUGUGUCAGAUUCACUUUCCACGCUUCGCCGACGUCCAGGCGCACUUCCGGGCGGCGCACAAGCGGCGCGGAUACGUUGUGUGCUGCGGGAAGAAGCUUAACCGACCCAUGAAGCUGUACGAGCACAUGAAUGACCACAUAAACCCCACGAAGCACCAGUGCUCGAUCUGUCUGAAGUACUACAAGACGCAGGGAGGCUUGCAGGUGCACAAGAAGCUUCAGCACACGCCGAUUGAGGAGCGCAAGUUCCACUGCGACAAGUGUCCGCUCAGUUUUGCGCUGUCUUCCGCACUCACGGCGCACAUGAUCAGCCAUUUGGCACCGGAGGAGAGGACGCACGUGUGCCAAACGUGUGGGCAGGCGUUCGGGCUGAAAACCAUUCUGGAUCAGCAUAUUAAGCGCGUGCACGAGAAUGCGUGCGUGUCCGUGUGUGAGAUUUGCGCCAAAGUCUUCCGCUCGAAGAACAUCUUCGAGAAGCACAUGGCAGAGCACUCAGACAUCUCGCGCAUUCAGGUGCCGUGCAAUAUCUGUGGCAAGAUGUUCAAGCACCGCAUCGCCAUGCAGAGACACCGCUAUCGGCACAACACCUCCGGCUCCCUGGAGUGCCCCAUUUGCCAGCGUGUGGCGCCGAAUCGGCAGGCGUUGCACGAGCACAUAAAGUACAAUCACAGGGACAGGAAGAAGUCCUUUCCGUGCAACCUGUGUGAGCGCAUCUUCAAGACCAGGGUGUCGCUGAAGGAGCACAUGGCGUCACACACUGGCCAGGUGCUCUACUCCUGCCUGUUCUGUCCCAAGCAAUUCAACAGCAACGCCAACUACUUCCGCCACAACAAGAUGUCGCAUCCGCUCGAGUGGGAGGCCGAGAAGGAGAAGAGGCGGGCCGAAAGGGCAGCGCAGGGCAUUGAGAUGAAGAGUAAUUAAAGAACAAUUGUUAUAUGUAAA